AUGAAUCAAGAUCCAAAUAUGUAUCAUUCAUCACAACAAGGUACUUAUCCAUCAUAUCCACCUCAACAACCAGGUUUCUUUGGACAACAUCCACCACAACCAAACACUUAUGCACAAAAUUCAUCAACACUCGACGAUAAACCUGUGCCUCCAUAUGUUGAUCCAAAUACAGCCAUCAAUCCUGAGCGAAAUCAAGUAUCAUCUCAACCGUCGCCUCCUGUGGUGCCACGUAGUCUACCACUUGUGGCUGCACAAUCAAGUGGUGGAUGGGGUAAAUUUAAUGGUCUUGAAAAUAAAAAAAUUCGUCUUGCUUUUAUUCGAAAGGUCUAUGCCAUUCUUUUGGUUCAAUUAUUGGUCACAUUUGGUAUUGUUUCAAUAUUUCAUUUUACACCUGCAGUUCGCGACUAUGUACGAUCACCUAAGGGUCAAUGGGCUUAUUGGACAUCUUAUGGUGUAUUUAUUGUAACAUAUAUAACAUUAGCUUGUUGCAAACGUAUUGGACGGCGAUUUCCAGUUAAUCUUAUUUUACUUAGUCUUUUGACAUUGUCAAUGGGUUAUAUGAUGGGUAUGAUUUCAGCAUAUUUUAAAAUUGAAUCUGUAUAUAUUGCUGUUGGUCUAACAUGUUUUGUUUGUUUUGGUGUAACAAUAUUUUCAUUUCAAACAAAAUUUGAUUUUACAUCAUGUACGGGAGUUUUAUUUGUUAUUUCAUUGGCAUUGUUGGGUUUUGGUUUUGCUUGUAUUUUUACUUAUUCAAGAAUUUUGUAUACAGUUUAUGCUGGUAUUGGAGCUGUAGCUUUUUCGAUUUUCUUGGCUGUUGAUACGCAAUUGAUUAUGGGUGGAAAACGUCAUGAAAUAAAUCCCGAAGAUCAUGUAUUUGCAUCAGUUAUGCUCUAUCUUGAUGUUAUUUAUAUAUUUAUGUAUAUUCUCAUGUUAUUUGGCAAGCGUGAAUAA